AUGGCCCGAUUCUCGGUACCGACAAAGGCCAGGCUGCCUGCGUCACUCCGCGUUGAUUCUUCAAACCCAGCCGUCAUAAAGAGCUUGAACCGGCUCUCCCGCGAGGCCCUCAUUUCCCUCGCCCUCAGCUGGCUUGACGGAGACACCAUAGCCAAUGCGGUGCCGUACCUGGAGCGGAGAAGCGACGAAGAUGAGAUUGACCCGGAUGAUGUGUACCCUCCGUGCGAAUCAGUCCAGCAGCUGUACGAGCUCUAUGUCGACAUGCAGCAGCAAAAGGGAUCAAAGCGCGACGUGGCCAAUCGCAUACUGGAGGGAGACUGGCGGCACGGACUGUCGCUGUAUCAGCUCGCCAUGGUGGACUUUUAUCAUCUGGAAGAGCAUCCAAUGUCGCAGAAAUGGACGGCUUAUAAGAUACUCCCGCUGAAGCCUCCCACAAAGGGUGUCGAAGACGAGGUCCUUCGGGUCGAUGACAAGGCGCUGAGCGUCCCGCGAUUUCAUCCGUCAACGUUUCUGCAAAGCCUCCAGGACCAGGUCCUGCCGGAUAUCAAGGCUCACUACCACUUCCACCGACCAAAGGACCUCCCAGUCCUGCUGCUACGCAUAUUCGUCAUCGAAUCUCCCUACAAUAGCAGUCUGGCCCUUUCAGGCGUCACCGGAAGCGGAGAGGCCACCAACUUUACUUCAUCUCGGACGGUAUACCUGGCCUUCCCGGAUGGUUCUUCCCACAUUUACAUCACCAAGUCUCAAGCCAAUGGCCCAGCUACCGGCGGCGAAUCAAGGAGCCUCCAGAACCUGAUUAUCCAGGGUGUACCGAAAGCAUUAUCGAGGCCAAGAGAACGGUAUACUCUUAAACCAACCAACCUUACGAGCCGGAACCUGGAAACACUCCUGGAUAAAAGGGGGCCUGGGCGAGGCAAUGCCGCAGGAGGUGGUUGGAGCAUUUACGCCUCUGAUAAGAACAAAAAGUCUCCCCUCGAUGCUGUACUCCCCACUCCACCGCUAUCCGAAUACUCCUCCGUCUCUGACAAGAGCCGAAAGAGGCUGAAACCGCUCAACUCAGACCAGCGGGCUGCUAAACGAGCCAAGCUCGUUGCUCAAGCGCGGUUUGGCGACUCUGGCCUCGUCAAUGAUGGAAAGGGUAUAGAAAGGAUCGAUGUUCUGCUCGAGGACCCCUUUCCCACCUCUGUCGCUGCAGAAAAGCUAGGGUCGGGGAAGGACAAGGGCGAUGCUCUCGCGGAAGCAUCCGUGUCAGCUCGAAGAAGAACGAUUGAUGCUGCGCUCCGUCAAACUGGCGAUGUCGAUGAGGAAGAAUUGAAUGAACCCAAGAACCCUUCACAGUGGAAGCCAACGGUGCAAAUCACCUUUCAAGGAAACCACGUCUUUGCGGGUAUCAGACAACUCGUUGAAACCGGUAUCAUAGACGGCGAACGAAUGCCCGGCUGGAUGACAGGGGAGGAUGGCGUUACGUUGGGUAUUGUCAGGCAUGGACGGAUCAAGGGCAACAAGGGAUCGGGGCUGUGA